GAGGCACUGCCAGCAGCGGCCCUGCUCUGAGGGACCUUGCACGGUCCAGGUGAGUCCAGCUGUGUCACUCAGCGACUGCUGCCUCCAGCCCCACAGGUCACCAUCAUGUCAGCUUCAGGAGAUGGGACUAGGGGUCCCCCCAAAUCCAAAGGCAAGACCCUGAGCAGUUUCUUCGGGUCUCUGCCUGGCUUCAGCUCUGCCCGGAACCUGGUGUCCCACCGUCACAGCCCCACAAAGGAUGUGGGACCAGUCCCAGACCCUACGGGGACUCCUGUCCCCCCGUCGCCAGUGGCCACCGACCUGCAGCAGACGGCAAGGGGUGCGGAGGGGCUGCUCCAGUCUCAACAGACCACGGCUGGGAACAAGGAUGUGGGAAGCUCCAGUGUGACUGCUGGAAAAGACGCCUUCUCCUCUGGGGUGGCCGGCAUCAUAGACAUGGCGAAAGGAAUGGUCCAGGGUGGCCUGGGCGCCACCCAGUCAACCCUUGUGGGCACUAAGGAGGCAGUGUCCGGAGGCGUGACAGAAGCAGUAGGGAUGGCCAAAGGUCUUGUCCAGGGAGGUCUGGACACCUCAAAGACUGUCCUUAGCACCACCAGAGACACAGUGACCACAGGACUCACAGGGACUGCAAACAUGGCCAAAGGGACAGUACAGACGGGUCUGGACACCAGCAAGAAAGUGCUGACGGGAACCAAGGACACGGUGACCACAGGACUCACAGGUGCCAUUAAUGUUGCCAAAGGGGCUGCCCAGGGAGGUCUGGACACAGCCAAGUCUGUGGUCAUGGGCACCAAGGACACGGUGACCACAGGACUCACAGGGGCAGUGAACGUGGCCAAAGGGACAGUGCAGACUGGUUUGGACACCACCAAGUCUGUGGUCAUGGGCACCAAGGACACGGUGACCACAGGACUCACAGGGGCCAUGAACGUGGCCAAAGGGACAGUGCAGACUGGGCUGGACACCAGCAAGAAAGUGCUGACGGGAACCAAGGACACGGUGACCACAGGACUCACAGGUGCCAUUAAUGUUGCCCAAGGGGCUGCCCAGGGAGGUCUGGACACAGCCAAGUCUGUGGUCAUGGGCACCAAGGACACGGUGACCACAGGACUCACAGGGGCCGUGAACGUGGCCAAAGGGACAGUGCAGACUGGUCUGGACACCACCAAGUCCGUGGUCAUGGGCACCAAGGACACGGUGACCACAGGACUCACAGGGGCCGUGAACGUGGCCAAAGUGGCUGCCCAGGGAGGCUUGGACACCACCAAGUCUGUGGUCAUGAGCACCAAGGACACGGUGACCACAGGACUUGCAGGGGCCGUGAACGUGGCCAAAGGGACAGUGCAGACUGGUCUGGACACCACCAAAUCUGUGGUCAUGGGCACCAAGGACACGGUGACCACAGGACUCACAGGGGCUGUCAACAUGGCCAAAGAAGCUGCCCAGGGAGGCCUGGACACCACCAAAUCCAUGGUCAUGGGCACCAAGGACACGGUGACCACAGGACUCACAGGGGCCGUGAACGUGGCCAAAGGGACAGUACAGACAGGGCUGGACACCAGCAAGAAAGUGCUGACGGGAACCAAGGACACGGUGACCACAGGACUCACAGGUGCCAUUAAUGUUGCCAAAGGGGCUGCCCAGGGAGGUCUGGACACAGCCAAGUCUGUGGUCAUGGGCACCAAGGACACGGUGACCACAGGACUCACAGGGGCCGUGAACAUGGCCAAAGUGGCUGCCCAGGGAGGCUUGGACACCACCAAGUCUGUGGUCAUGAGCACCAAGGACACGGUGACCACAGGACUUACAGGGGCCGUGAACGUGGCCAAAGGGACAGUGCAGACUGGUCUAGACACCACCAAGUCCGUGGUCAUGGGCACCAAGGACACGGUGACCACAGGACUCACAGGGGCCGUGAACGUGGCCAAAGGGACAGUGCAGACUGGUCUGGACACCACCAAGUCCGUGGUCAUGGGCACCAAGGACACGGUGACCACAGGACUCACAGGGGCCGUGAACGUGGCCAAAGUGGCUGCCCAGGGAGGCUUGGACACCACCAAGUCUGUGGUCAUGAGCACCAAGGACACGGUGACCACAGGACUUACAGGGGCCGUGAACAUGGCCAAAGGGACAGUGCAGACUGGUCUGGACACCACCAAAUCUGUGGUCAUGGGCACCAAGGACACGGUGACCACAGGAUUCACAGGGGCUGUGAACGUGGCCAAAGGGACAGUGCAGACUGGUCUAGACACCACCAAAUCCAUGGUCAUGGGCACCAAGGACACGGUGACCACAGGACUCACAGGGGCCGUGAACGUGGCCAAAGGGACAGUACAGACUGGGCUGGACACCAGCAAGAAAGUGCUGACGGGAACCAAGGACACGGUGACCACAGGACUCACAGGUGCCAUUAAUGUUGCCAAAGGGGCUGCCCAGGGAGGUCUGGACACAGCCAAGUCUGUGGUCAUGGGCACCAAGGACACGGUGACCACAGGACUCACAGGGGCCGUGAACGUGGCCAAAGUGGCUGCCCAGGGAGGCUUGGACACCACCAAGUCUGUGGUCAUGAGCACCAAGGACACGGUGACCACAGGACUUACAGGGGCCGUGAACGUGGCCAAAGGGACAGUGCAGACUGGUCUAGACACCACCAAGUCCGUGGUCAUGGGCACCAAGGACACGGUGACCACAGGACUCACAGGGGCCGUGAACGUGGCCAAAGUGGCUGCCCAGGGAGGCUUGGACACCACCAAGUCUGUGGUCAUGAGCACCAAGGACACGGUGACCACAGGACUUACAGGGGCCGUGAACGUGGCCAAAGGGACAGUGCAGACUGGUCUAGACACCACCAAGUCCGUGGUCAUGGGCACCAAGGACACGGUGACCACAGGACUCACAGGGGCCGUGAACGUGGCCAAAGUGGCUGCCCAGGGAGGCUUGGACACCACCAAGUCUGUGGUCAUGAGCACCAAGGACACGGUGACCACAGGACUUACAGGGGCCGUGAACAUGGCCAAAGGGACAGUGCAGACUGGUCUGGACACCACCAAAUCUGUGGUCAUGGGCACCAAGGACACGGUGACCACAGGAUUCACAGGGGCUGUGAACGUGGCCAAAGGGACAGUGCAGACUGGUCUAGACACCACCAAAUCCAUGGUCAUGGGCACCAAGGACACGGUGACCACAGGACUAACAGGGGCCGUGAACGUGGCCAAAGGGACAGUACAGACUGGGCUGGACACCAGCAAGAAAGUGCUGACGGGAACCAAGGACACGGUGACCACAGGACUCACAGGUGCCAUUAAUGUUGCCAAAGGGGCUGCCCAGGGAGGUCUGGACACAGCCAAGUCUGUGGUCAUGGGCACCAAGGACACGGUGACCACAGGACUCACAGGGGCCGUGAACGUGGCCAAAGGGACAGUGCAGACUGGUCUAGACACCACCAAAUCCGUGGUCAUGGGCACCAAGGACACGGUGACCACAGGACUCACAGGGGCCGUGAACGUGGCCAAAGUGGCUGCCCAGGGAGGCCUGGACACCACCAAGUCCGUGGUCAUGGGCACCAAGGACACGGUGACCACAGGACUCACUGGAGCUAUGAACGUGGCCAAAGGGACAGUACAGACAGGGCUGGAUUCCAGCAAGAGUAUGCUGACGGGCACAAAGGACACCGUUUGUGCUGGGGUCACAGGUGCCAUUAAUGUGGCCAAAGGGGCUGCCCAGGGGGGCCUAGACACUUCUAAAGCAGUCCUUACAGGUACCAAGACUACAAUGUUGGCUGGCCUCUCAGGUACCAUGAAUAUGGCCACUGAGACAAUGAAGACAGGCCUGGACACGAGCAAGAGCAUGCUCACAGGUACAAAGGAUACUGUCUGUGCUGGGAUCACUGGGGCCAUGAACAUGGCCAAAGGUGUCUUUCAGAAGGGCUUGCACACUCCCAAGGACACAUGGUCUGCCAUGCAGUCUCAGGCAGAUAAUGUGGCUAUCAACGCCACCCACACAAGUGUCAACACAGUCCCACAUUCAUUCUCUGGCUCUCACGCCACCACCCACGGGGUGGAACAUGUUACCCUGACUUCUGCAGAAUCCUUGUGCUCUGAGAUCAGCAGCCUUGCAGACACCUGUGGCUUGGAGCUUGUCACAGAACCCAUAGCUGCCACCAAAGGCCUUGUGUCUAGUGUGGCUUCAUCUGUCCGUGCAGCUACCAAGUCUGAGGAGGAGUAUGGUCAGCUGGCUGUGACAAGCUUUGCUGCACUUCAUGAUGAGUUGGAAGGGCUCGGGGACAUCUUCCAGCCCAUGACAGCUGAGGAACAAGCCCAGCUGGUGGCCUCAGAGUCAGGGCCUCGGGUGUUCUCUGCUGACCAGGGAAGCUACUUUGUCCGCCUAGGUGACCUGGCCCCCAGCUUCCGCCAGCGGGCUUUUGAACAUGCCCUGAGCCAUAUACAGCACAAGCAGUUCCAAGCCAGAGCUACACUGGCCCAACUCCAGAAGGCCUUCCAGGUGACACACAUGACCAUGGAGGCUCCAGGUGGGCAGCUGUGCGGGAACCAGAGCUUGGGCUCCACGGCGGAGGCUGCUGGUACCCAUGAGGUGUGUGCUUCCAGGGCUCAGGACAGGCUAUGUACGCUAAUCUGCCAGCUCCAUGCAGCUUACAGCGGCCUGGCAGCCAGUCUGCAGGGCCUGCCAGAGGUGCAGCAGCAGGCAGGGCUGGCACGGCACAGCCUCUGCAAACUGUAUGGUCUUGUGUCCUCUGAGAGCAGUGGCGAUCUGCAGGCAGAGCAGCUGGCCCAGAGCAGUGCUGGUGUGGUACAGGCAUGGCAGGGUCUGGAGGUGCUGCUGGACAGGCUGCAGCAGAGCCCCCCACUCAGCUGGCUGGUAGGACCAUUUGCUUUGAUGCCUGGUGACCAGCUAUAGAUACCUGAAAGCUUCACAACCCCAAAGUUCUGGAUUAAGGAAGAGCAGAGGGUCCUCGGAAAGUCAAUUUGAAACCAGUCAUGGCUCUUGCUAUUUCCAGUAACUGAUAGCCCCUCUUCCAAACUAGCCACCAAGUCUGUUCAGAGAGCAGCACACAGGUCCCGAUGAUAGAGCAAAGCGGAAGCAGAGUCAAACCUAGGAGGUCCUUCAGCUAUCCUCACUGACAAGCCUUCCAGCCUCUGGGCUCUGACCCUACCUUCAGGGGCCCACAGCUCUCUGCUAUGGGUGGUGCCACUCAACCCCAGGUCCCACCUUGAGCAGUGUAUCCAGAGGUCUUAGCUAACAUAUUAGGCAACUUGUUCCCCAGCACUAGAAUGUACUAGAAUGCACAGCCACCCUAAGGCAAGCUCCCACAGCCCCUUCUGAUACAUAGUGGGGUGUAGAGCCACUCAAAGCCACACUUAUUUCCCAGCAUGCUGUGGGCCUGAGUCUGACCGGCUCUAUUGGGAAAGGAGGGUCACACAUGUAUCACUGCACAGAGACAGGGACCACUUGACAGGGCCGUCACUGCUGAAACUGUGGUCUGCAUGAGGUUAUGCCUGCCUAGGGUUGAAGUACUGACUGGAGACACGGCAGGUGAUGGCCCUUCUCCCUCGUCCUAUGCACCCAAGACAAAAGCACAGAAGAUGAUGGGGUACACGGCAAUCCCCUAUGGACCGGCCAUCCAAGACCACAGUCCAGCUCUACCUGAACCCCAGCAGUGCUAGCAACUCCCAAUCUUCCAGUUCCCUUUUUUGUGCACUCUUAGAAAGUAACAAUGUCCUUGAGUUCUAAGGUUGGGCUAGCUGUGGCCUCGGAGAGGACAUGGCGGAGAGGCCGUGACAGAGAAGACAGGAGCCUUCCUGAGCCUUUCCCUUUUUCUCUCAGCAUCAGGAUGCAACACUAGACUGGGCCCAGGGCCUGCAGCUAUGCCUCUAGAUGAGCCUCACUACAUCAUGCUCCAUGGUGGCCAUGGAGGCAGGUGGAUACACAGACAGGCAUGUACCCUACCUGAGCCCACAGGGAACACAAGCAGAGCAGAAAAACCACAUAGCGAGAGCAGGUUGGGAUGGUGUGGACUCCAACACUCCAGCCCAAAUGCUGAGCUGCCCCAGAGGCACUAUGCUGGGGUCCCUGCAUAGCUGGGGAAUGGAAUGGUGGUUGAGUCAGGGCCACAGUCUCCUGUUGGCCUGUCCUUAGUGUCUGUUACUCUCAUGAUGGUGGAACAGGCUACUCAAUGUAGGAAGAGCUCUGCUGCCCUGUAAGUGUGAACCCUGCCCUGUACCAGGCCUGGCUUCCCAUGCUGCUCACGGUGGCUGGUACCUCAGCCCUGUGUCAGGCAUAGUGCUCUGGCCUUAGCCCAGCUACAUUUCAUAUCAGGACACCAAGCCAAUAAAAACUGUUUCUUUUUCAUUACAAAACCCUUUAUAACCAUUUCAUGUCAAUCGAAAUCACAGAACUAGGCAGAAAGGCCCAGGCCACAAAUAC